UUCCAUGCAUUCGAGAGAACCCAUGCGAGCAUUGUUUACUCUCACUUCACACCUUAUACUGCUUCAUUCCUCAGCCUCUGCACUUGCAUAGUUUCAUAAUGGAGGACGGUGACAACAUUUUAGAUGCCAUAAAUGAGGAGGAUAACUUCGAUGAUGUGGAUGACGAUGUUGACAUGGUUGAUGUUGAAGAAGGAGAGUUGGUGGAGCCUGAUUCCCGAAAUGUUUUGGUACAAAGCAGUGCUGGAAAUAUCAAUGAAGCAAAUCAAGAACCUAACAGCAGAAACCACAGGCGUAGGGAUAACAAGAAGAAGAAUAAGAGAAAGAGGAAGAGUUCUGGAUCUAAUCCUGUGGAUAUAAACAGAUUUGUGCUAGAUACAUGUCGACGUCUGAAAGAGAAAAAGUCAUACAUGCUAUACACUGCUGUAGGUUGCCUUGGGGUCUCUGCAUUAAGUGAUCUCAUCAAAGAGGUGGAUGCAAUACAAGCAUGUGGAGGCCAGAAAACUGCUGAUGGUAGACGAUUCCGGACAGGGGGUGGCAUAUUGUGGAGCAUCUUAAAGGUUAGAGAACCAAAGGUCUACAAAGAGAUAAUGAAAAAAGCAAGGGAAUUUGAGAAACAAUUCAAGCAGCCAAAUGUAAAGCAACGACCUGUGCCAAUGAAAGAGGAUUCUUCUCAAGGAGUGCCCUUUUCAUUUGCUGGCAGGGAUCAGGGCAAUAUUUUGGACAGUGAUUUUCCUGCAUCCCAAACCCAGAAUCAACAUGAACCAGCAACUUCUGCAGAAAGGCCUAUCUCUGUUCAUGAUAGGUUAAGGAUACCUGUAUCGUAUGAUGAUAACCUGCUUGGAGAGAAUGCAGUCAAUGAUGCAACCUGAGUCUGGAAGUAAAGUGGCCUUGUCACUCAGCAAGUUUUUCUCCCCUCUUAGGUGGAGCUAUACCGAUACAUCUCGCAUUGACUCAUUCCCCUUUGGGACUAGGGCUAUAUAGUACAUUCUUCUUUUCUUUUUGCUAUGUCCGUCCUUCUCGUUUUUCUUUUCUUAGCUUUUGUGAAACGAGAUUACGGAUAGAGCGACAUUUCAAUUUUUGUACACAAUGGAAAUUGACGUGUUAAG